AUGCCUUACAUGAUGAUCCGAGGUUGUGAGCUCACUUACAUUUGCUACGGAUUACCGAAGUUUUUUGCACAAUCACAAAUACUUGAAGUGACCGGUCGAUCAGUUUUAUGCCAUGGUUUCAAAAGUAAUGAAAAUAAAUACUACGAAAGACUAGAACUAGGAUGUGCGGUUGAAUGCACCAGAUUGGCCUAUUGCUUCGGUUUCCGUAAUCAGAGAGUUAAUGUAAUUAAAAUUGUAUAUCCAUCAAUGGCAAGGAAUUCGUACUGUAAAUCAAUUAGAACCACCCAGGAACCUAUAGUUGGUGACGGUCAGAAUCUUAAUUUUCCGGGAAAAUGUUCUUUGAAUUGCCACGAUUCCGGGCCCUAA